AAUUAUUGUGCCUCACACUUUGAGUUGUCCAUCGGAGGUUGAAGAUGUCUCCCGUCUCCGUGAGGAACAUGGAACACGCGGUGACACACACCGGGAGCAUCGCCGUGGCCGUCAUCUCUCAGGUACUCUCCGACGUCUUCAGUCACCUGGCCAAGGACAGCAGCGUGCCCAAUGCUCUGUUUCAGACCUCCUCCAGGAACGUGUCCGAGUCCUUCCCUCUGGAGGUGACUAUGGCCUGGUGGUCGGAGAGGUUCUGGGUUAUAGUGGACCUGUGGUGCAUGGCUUGGCUCGUGUAUGCAGUGGUCAGCCUCUUUAAAAGAAAUGCUCUCGGUCCAGAGUCUUGCAAUCCAGAAAUCCACCCUCCGGCUUUUUUCUUCAUCUGGACUUUGAUUAACAUUGCAAGGAUGUGCAGCAUGCCUCUAUGGGACAGACACGAUAUCUUUGGAGCCGUGUUCCUGGAUUGGACUCUACCGGUCCUCAGCUUCAACAUGCUCUCCAUGUCCUACUCCAACCUCGACAAGCACAGAGCCCAGCUGGUCGGCAGCAACCGCAAUGUCAUCUGGUGGACGCGCUAUCUGACCCAGAACGGCCUGGCACUGUUUGCCUGGUGGACUCUGCUGAAGGCUAUGGUGGGUUUUGGCAUCAUGCUGAAGUAUAAAGCGGGUGUGUCGGACCCUCUGGUCAGCACCGUCGUCCUCACCGUGCUCUCCCUGUUCUCGGCAACCUGGUUCAUCCUGCAGAGCUUCCUGCUGACUAAGCACAUGCGCUACACAUUCACCGUCUACCCCAUCCUCAUCCUGGGCCUAGGUGCCAUGUUCACCCGGAGCUACCGCAUCCACGACCUCGCCACCAACACCAUCUACUGUGGGUUCCUCAUGCUCCUGAUGACCAUCAUGAGCAUGAUCCAGCUGAUCUCCACAUGCUUGCACACGGAUAAGCCGAGCAAACCGGCUGCCAUUGAGCCCCGCGUGUGGCACACUGACCUCCGGAGUGACGACUUCAAGAUGGAUUUAUGCAAACAAUGAGUGCAUGUGGUGAAACUAAUUUAAAAACGAGGCUCUAUUCUGCUUUCUGUAGUGUGCUGUACAGGUUUUAGUGCAUGUAAAUGGUCUGCAAAGGUAGCCUGUGAGCAGAAUAAAGGCCUCUUUAACACGAGAGUGUGCACUUUACAUAAAUCACCAAAAGGGGACAGCACAGACUCACUCAGCUCUGGGAAAGUGGUGUGAUUAACACAGCUCUGUUUAACCAGAAGAUGGCACAGUGGUUACAAUAGAUUGAGCAUAUGAUUACAA